CUCCAGUUAUCCUACUUGGUUCACAUCAAGACCCUUCAACAUGUCUAUGAGGACAAGAAGCUUCAAGCAGAACACCAUGAGUGUCUAUGGUGGAGCAGGAGGUCGUGGAGUCCGUAUCUCUUCAUCCCAGAUGAGCUGUGGAACACCAAGCUUGAAUCUUGCUGAUGGUCUCGACCUCCAUGUUGGGGCCAAUGAGAAGGCCACCAUGCAGAACCUGAAUGACCGUCUGGCGUCAUACCUGGAUAAGGUGCGCAAGCUGGAGAAGGAGAAUGAGCACCUGGAGAACCUGAUCCGGGAGUGGUACCAGAGCAGAAACGUGGUCUCCCGUGACUACUCGGGUUACUUCGCCACCAUCGAGGAUCUGAAGGAAAAGAUUUGUAUUGCCUCCAUGCUCAAUGCCAAGACCAUCCUGGACAUUGACAAUGCAAAACUGGCUGCUGAUGAUUUUAAAGUGAAGUAUGAAAGCGAGCUGGCCAUGAGACUGGCAGUGGAAGCAGACAUUGCUGGUCUGAGGAAGCUAACGGAUGAUCUUAACCUAUUGAGGCUGGAUCUGGAGAAUCAGUAUGAAACCCUGAAGGAAGACGUCAUUAGCCUCAAGAAAAACCACGAAGAGGAUGUGGCUCUACUGAGGACUCAGAUGGGUGGCCAGGUUAAUGUAUCCGUGGACGCUUCUCCCUCUCGAGACCUUAACGAGACUAUAGCAGAGAUCAGGCAGCACUACGAGGGUGUGAUUGCAAAGAACAGCAAAGAGCUCGAAUUGUGGUAUCAAAACAAGAUUGCAGAAGUGGAGCAGGAAGUGCAAACACAAACUGAGGUUCUGGUCACAACACGAAGAGAGAUUACAGAGCUGAGGAACACUCUCCAGAGACUGGAGAUUGAACUGCAGGGCCAUUUGACCAUGAAAACAUCUCUAGAGGGAACUCUGGCAGAGACCCAGGGACGCUAUGCCAUGAAGCUAACAAACCUUCAGAAUAUGGUCAAAAGCCUGGAGGAUCAGCUUUCCCAGAUCCACAGCAGUAUCACCGACAACAAGCACAAAUAUGACAUGUUGCUGGAUCUCAAGACCAGGCUGGAGAUGGAGAUUGCAGAGUACAGGAGGCUGCUGGAUGGGGAGGAUGACAGCACUUAUUGCAGCUCAAAAAAAGUGGUCAAAAAGGUCAUCACAGUGGUGGAGAAAAUUGUGGAUGGAAGGGUGGUGCAGACCAGCGAGACCGUUGAUAAUCUGGGUCAAUUUAGGGAUGAAUAGAUAGAAGCUCGUGGAAUAUGGGAUGAAUGAUCAAAAAAUAAAGAUCAUGCAGUUGAAUUAAA